GGGGGAGUGGAUUUGGGGGACUGCACGCAGAUCUUGGUAUUGGUGGGGAUUGCAUCACCUGGCAGGCGCGACUAUAGAGGGACCAACGCAAGGAUCUUGAUCAAGAGAGAUUGGGAAAGGUUAGGAGGUCGGUCCCUGUGGGGGUAAUUUUCAUAGGGACGCUAGUUAGGUUAGGUAGGUUCAGGUGUGCAGAUUUACACUCGCGGGUGGCGUGGCUUCAGAUGGCAACUGAGAGGUCGAACUGGGGAACAAACCAGGAGAACAGCAGAGCAGGGGAAGGUAUCUAGUAAGAUAUUUACUCCGAACCGAGGGAAAAGAACAGAGGAUGUGUCAGGCCAAGAGCUGCUCUGCAGAGACCAAAGAGGCAGCCCCAGUUUUUUAAUGAGUGGGGGUAGAGGAGAUGACUUUUUCUAUUGUCUCUAUUGGGGAGGGGAAAUAGAGGUGUUAUCCCGUGCAGUGCACCUCAGUCUCCCAGUCCAUUUCGUAAUUCUUAGACUCUGGUUUCAAACUCCCUCGCUUUGCUCUUCAGUUGCAGGUUCCGAUCUUUGGGUGCUCCAGGAGCUACUCUCCACCCCCUGCUUCUGGACCUAUGGAUUCUCCAUCUAGUGUUUCUUCUUAUUCCUCCUCCUCUCUUUCUCCCUCUUUUUCCACCUCCCCAGUGAACGGCAUCGUCGCAAGGUUUCCAGUAACCAACAUACAGCAUCUCACCUGGAACAGCGAGGCUUGACUUCUCCUAUGACGGGAUCUGGGAUUAAAAGAUCAAGAGAUGGUGAAUUGGAAACCUGUCUAAAAAUCCAGGGUUGUACCACAGAGGGAGACCUGCUCUUUGCUCAGAAGUGUAAAGAGCUCCAAGGAUUCAUCCGCCCCCUCACAGACCUACUGAAUGGAUUGAAGAUGGGUCGCUUUGAGAGAGGAUUGAGCAGUUUCCAGCAGAGUGUGGCAAUGGACAGGAUCCAGCGCAUAGUAGGUGUUUUGCAGAAGCCUCAGAUGGGGGAGCGUUAUCUAGGAACCCUGCUACAAGUAGAAGGGAUGUUAAAGACUUGGUUUCCUCAUAUCGCUGCCCAGAAGUCAUCACUGGGUGGUAGCAGACAUCAGAUGGCCAAGAAUUUUCCUAGCCACCACAGUGAUGAAACUACUUCUAUGGAAAAAAUGGGCCAGACACAGCUAGGACAUUUAGUUUUGAAACCGAAGCAGUCUUGGCACCUCACAGAAUGGCCAGCUAUGAACCUCACCUGGAUCCACACCACCCCUAUUUGCAACCCCCCUCUAAGUUCCCCAGGUACCAUAUCUUUUAGCCAUGAUCCUGUAGGCACUGGAACUAGCAUUGGUGUCAUCCUUUUCCUCCAGCAUGGAGUGCAGUCCUUCACCCACUCUGCUCCUACCACUCCAGUUCCAUCUACUGCAGCAUCUCCUGGUGAUCCUAAGAAACUAUCUGGAGAGGAACCUCGCUGUCACAGUUUGCCAGUAACUCUACCAUCAGACUGGAGCUGCACUCUGUCCUCUCCUGGUCUACCUACCAUGACUAGUGAGAUGAACAUAGGAUACCUAGAGGAGCAGAUGAAAAGCCACUCUCCAGUUGUUUCUGAUGCCCAUCUCCUCAACCCCUAACCCAAGCCAUGCAAUUGUCCUCUGUGAUUCCCCGUUUGUGUAAAUAUAUGUACAUAUGUUUUUUACUUCUAAUGUGUGCAUUUGUGUUUAGGGGAGAUAAAUCCUUCCUGGUUAAAUAAAUUAUUUAC